AUGACCACUAAAGCACCGCCGGAGCGGUUUACUAUCGUCGAUCAGCUCCCGUCCCACCGUUGCUGCAUCGAGUCCUUCACUACACCGUCCGGAAAUGCCCUUGUUUGGUAUCUCCUUUGCCAAAAGUCCAAGGAACUGCAUGGCUUCCAGAUCCAGUACAUUUGCCAGCUCUUGGAUGGCACUGAUGUCUUUGCUAUCACAGCCAUGGGUGACAGUAAGAGUCAGCUAUUUUGUAUUUUAAUUCUAGGAUGCUAA